AUGAACAAUACCAGACCUAUUCUUACCACACGACACAGCCAUCCGUCUGACUUCCUGCCCACUAUCGCUUCAGUUUCGUCCAAUUCGAACUUGUCCGACCUUGCCGUUGACGAAACCUCCUCCGUUGAAUCUACUCCUUCGCCGACCUCCACAAGCGCGUCCGUUCUAGUUACUGAGAGGCCUCGUUCCUCAUGGCUUUCCGAUAAGAAGACCAGGAACGCUGGCACACUCGUUUCUCCUACACAGGGUCGCAACGCUUCCAUUUGGUCAAGCCUCGCUGAAGGAAAGACUGCACGACCCAAGAGGAAGUAUUCGGUUACAGGGCCCAAUUCCACCGAAUCCCUGCCAGAGCCUGCCAGCCCUUCACCGUCCAAAAAACAACGUAGAGGUCUUUUACCCAGAGCUCCACCUAUUCUCGACGACACUGUCUCGAACAGUCCAGAAAGCUGCCUUCGCCCUCCACCGUCUCCCCUAUUCUUCUCCCACACGAAGCAAGAGAGACCGCAGCUACCUCCUCGAUUCUCCAGCUCAGAGGCGGGUGCAAGAAUGCUGAGCAAGGCGGGACGGGAGGAUAGCUCUAUAAAAACUGUCAUCCUAGCUCGCGGUACCUUCGACGCUAUUAGCCCUCAUGGUUCCACAAGUGUCAUGCAGAAUCGAGCCUCAAGUGAGCGCUCAAGUAUACCACCAGAGUCUGCAGAUAGGCAUGAUCCGCUACGGUUGCUUGGCUCAGUUGGCAUAGUUGAGUUGCUGGAGCAAGAUAUCAGACCGACCUUCAUCAUUGAUUUGGCCGGAGCAUACAACUAUGGACCGAGUGCCUUGCAUCCCGUCUUCACAAAUUCAUCCUUGCGAAGCGACAAGGCUCUCUAUCAUCGUUUGCUUGACAUUAGAUCUCGCGAGUCGUCUCCGAUAGAGCCAAUGCCUAAGUCGCUGUCACAUUUCAAGGCCUGGAUACUUGACGGUGUUGUUCAAGGCGAAGUGCUAGACGUGGCCCUUCCCCCUUUCGAGCAUGCCGGCCACACGUGGUCUUGUACAACCAUCAGAAAGCGACUUCGUAUAGUGAGCGGUGCUCGCGAGGCUCCUCGAGUAACACGUGCAAGUUCACAAUUGACGCUUCGAGCAAAAUCUGCCUCAGCAGGAUCAGACCCAGCAUCAUUCUUGGAAGACAUUAGCCCAAGAAGUCCGGCAUUACCGACAGUGUUGUCUUCGACUGAGAAUGUUUUAGAGUCUCAGGAUUAUUUCGGGACCCCCGCGCCUCAACAUACAGUUGGUGAUGAGCUUCCAGAUGCCGAUGUAAUCCUGCAGGACCAUGUGGUGGAACCACCUUCGCUUGGUACCACUUGGCCAAGCCUUGAAAACAAAGUGAAGCAUAACGACGUCUCAUACAGUCUCGAUACUCAUCCUUCUCUAACCAACGAGUGCGUUCUCCGAGCUUCUGUUGCAGGCGACGUUGACUGGUUUUCUAGGGCCCCAAGCCCUCACAAGGAACUUGGUGGGUUCUUUGACUGGACACGCCUACCUAUAACAGAUGCGUUACCUCGCCAUAUUAGAUUCGCUCGUAGCGUGGAUUGGGCCAGUACUAGCCUUGGCCCAAUCGAGUAUUGGUCUUCAGACCUAAGGCAGAUGUGUAACCUCAUCAUGGCAAGCCCACACCCUGCAGCCAUGUAUUGGGGUGAUGACUUAAUCGCGAUAUAUAAUGAAGCAUACGUUCUGCUUGCAGGUCAGAAGCACCCAAAACUGAUGGGUCAAAGUUACCGUGAAGCUUGGGCAGAAAUCUGGGACGACGUUAAGGAACCGUUCGCAGAGGCGAAACUGACUGGCCAAGCGACCAUGAAGGACGAUGAUUGUCUCUUCAUUAAGCGCUUCGAUUGGCUUGAGGAGACGUACUUCUCGUGGUCCAUCAUACCAAUGGUUGGCGGUGAUGGCAGUGUAAUGGGUUUAUAUAAUCCUGCAUUCGAGAAAACAAGACGAAAAAUCGCUGAAAGGCGCAUGCUUACACUACGGGAGGUUGGUGAAAGGACAGCUGCGGCGCGAGAUGUAAAAGGCUUCUGGCAGCAAGUUCUGACCGCGCUGGCAACUAACGAUCACGACACUCCAUUCGUAAUGUUGUAUUCUGUGUUCGACGAGAAUGACAGUGAUUCAGCUUCGAUGCACUCCGCUAGUCUCAUAAGCACCAAACAAUGCAUGCUUGAGGGUGCACUUGGUGUACCUGAAGGUCACCAAUCUGCGCCUGCUUUAGUGGAACUGAAGACUUCCUCAGAAGGGUUUGCGCCGAUUUUUCGUGAAGUCAUGAAGACAGACAAGCCUGUGCAGCUCAAAGUCGGCAAAGACAUUGCUCUAGACAUGAUUACAGGCAUCGAGUGGAGGGGAUUCGGCGAUCCUUAUCGUGAGGUAAUUGUAUGCCCGAUUCACCCCACAACUGGAGAUACCGUAUUGGGGUUCCUUGUUAUGGGCGUCAAUCCGCGACGUCCUUAUGAUGAUGAUUACAGUCUCUUUGUGCAACUUCUCAGCCGCCAACUAGCGACCUCUCUAGCUUCGGUGGUGUUGUUCGAAGAGGAGAUCAGACGGGGCCAAAAAGCCGCUAAAUUGGCUGCUCUCGACCGCAUGGAACUAUCAGAGCAACUGCGUGAUAGCGAAACGCGAUUCACUCGAAUGGCUGAGUUUUCUCCUGCCGGGCUAUUCAUUGCUGAUUCAGCAGGUCAUAUCAAUUACUGCAAUGAUACGUGGUAUGAGGUUUCAAGAGUGCCGAGAGACGUCACAAGUACAGAUCGCUGGAUAGAGGCAAUCAGAGAAGACGACCAGGAAAAAGUCCGGGCGACUUGGGCCAAAGUCGUGGAAGAGAAGGAGGUAGUGCGGUGUGAAUUUCGUUUCAAGACACCCUGGGUCGCUGAAGGUGGAGAGCGCAGUGACACAUGGGUGUUAUUCAGUGCGUAUCCGGAGACGGACGUGCUGGGCGAACUCAAGAGUGUUUUUGGCAGCAUUACCGACAUAAGCUCUCAGAAAUGGGCCGAAGGUCUUCAAAGACGGAAGAUGGAGGAGGCUGUUGAACUGAAACGGCAACAGGAGAAUUUCAUCGACAUCACGAGUCAUGAAAUGAGGAACCCUCUCAGUGCUAUAUUGCAGUGCGCCGACGAAAUAUCAACCUCCUUGACCGACUUCCGAAGUAGUGAGGCCCGGACGAUUGACGAUAAGCUCGUCAGCGGUAGCAUUGAUGCAGCCCAGACUAUCGCGCUGUGUGCGCUACAUCAAAAAAGAAUUGUUGACGAUGUUUUGACCCUAUCAAAGCUUGAUUCAGCUAUGUUACAGGUUACUCCGGUGGACGUGCAGCCUCUGACCGUCGUCCAGCGAGCCUUGAAGAUGUUUGAGGGUGAAGUUGCUACAGCUGACAUCAACCUGACAUUCAACGUCGAUGAAUCGUAUGAGCAGCAGCACAUCGACUGGGUUAAACUAGAUCCUUCAAGAGUUCUUCAAGUCCUCAUCAACCUCACGACGAACGCCAUAAAGUUUACGACUACAGAGAAGAAGAGGACUAUUACUGUCGGAAUCGCUGCUUUUAAUGAACGACCAUCCAAGGCCGGGAACGCUAUCGUCAAAUACUUUCCGCCCCGGGGGAAUAUGAAGGCUCAGAUGGAGGCAAUCGACUAUGGGCAUGGUGACGUUGUCUAUUUGCAAUUUUCUGUUCAGGACACAGGUCGCGGUCUGAAUGACGAAGAGAAGAAGCUACUCUUCCUGAGAUUUUCGCAAGCUAGCCCAAGAACGCAUGUACAAUAUGGUGGCUCUGGCCUCGGCCUCUUCAUUUCGCGUGAGUUGACUGAACUUCAAGGUGGCGAGAUUGGAGUGGCAUCUGAGGCUGGCAAGGGAAGCACAUUUGCAUUUUACGUUAAAUGUAGGAAGUCAGAGGCUCCAGAGCAUCCCUUGGACCAGCUACCAGUAACCAUCGGGCGACAUGGCUCCGCGUUCUCCGCUUCCGAGGCAAAAUUCGGCAUUGGCAAACGGGAAGGCGCAACGAAAGCAAGAGAUUUCGCAGUCGGGCCUGAAAAAGAAAAGUCACCUGCAGUCACAGCCACUAAGGACAGGAAGCAUAUAAACGUGCUGAUCGUUGAAGACAAUCUAGUAAAUCAACGUGUCCUGCAAAAACAACUUACCAAUGUGGGAUUCAAGGUGACGGUUGCGAACCACGGAGGUGAGGCUUUGGAUGCUCUUCAAAGUAGUAAGAUAUGGCAUAAGCCGCCUUUGGGUGCGAAAGAGUUGCACGUCGUACUUAUGGACCAAGAAAUGCCCGUCAUGGAUGGCCUUCAGGCUACGAAAAAGAUACGUCAAUGGGAAGGCGAGGGCCAAGUUGUGCGUCACAUACCCAUUAUCGCUGUCACUGCAAACGCGCGUCCUGCUCAGAUCCAGACACUCAUGGAUGUUGGCAUGGACAACGUUGUUUCGAAACCAUUCCGUAUACCUGAUCUUGUCCCAACGAUAGAGGAGCUCUUCGAUAAACAUUUCGAGACCUGAGCUGGCACUCACCUGUAACAUAUUUACACACACCCAAUAGGCAUCACGUCACCCACGAUGCAUACGGUCUCCCCUACCCGGCUUGCCUCGGACCUCUGCUGCGUGUGAUGCAUCACAUCGACUUUGUGUAACUCCUCACGCGCCAGCACCACCGAUCCUCAGGCUUAAUUCUCCGUUUCACUGACAGAAUAUAUCAAAAGAUAUAUCACAUGUCGUUUGCGUGUGCAAAGUCUCUCCCAUCUGGCUGGGAUUAUUAUACACGGUACCAUAGAUCACAUUGAUGAAGUGGCAUAUCGGAGUUAGAGGAGGCUCUAGGAAAAGCGGAUUCCUACC